UGCCAUGGGUGUAGGGCCAAUGGACAGAUGUGCAGGAGGACCCGUGGACUGGUGGAUAGUGGAAGAUGGAGGGACAGCUGAAGGGUCUUGGCAGAAUCUUGAGAAAGAGAAAGAGAUGGUUGGGUGCUUUGGAAAGAUGGUGGGCUCCCUGAGGGCUGGGAGGGCCAAUGGGCCACAAUCCGGGGAGCAGCGUUUCCUGCGGGCAUGGCACUGUGCUGACGAGGCCCCUGGCCCCGGGGGCUGCACAAGCUAACCUUUGUGAAGUGCGAGGCCGGGAGGGCUCGUGUCAAGCGCUCAACAAACGUUAGCCCUCCUCAUCCUCAUCAUUGUGACCGCGAAGCUCAGCCUCGUGGGGGGCCCCCCCCACCCCGUGAGUCCUCCUCCCUGCCUCCCCUCCCCCACACCCUGCCCUCCCUCCCGUGCCUAGGGCCCUCUCUGAUUGGCCCCCAUCCUCAUCCACUUGUGGGUAGGACAGGCCCCGUAGCACACGUUGGCUCCAGGCCAGGCCUGGGUGGUGAAAAGUACAGGCCCAGGAGCCUGACUGCCCAGGUUUGAGGCCUGGCUCCACCACCUGUUUGUGGGGUGGUAGAAAGGAGACAUGUGGAUGCCUCCUGUCCCUCAGGCGCAGGGUAAGGGACAGCUCCCCCCCACCCAGGGGACUCUGAAAGACUCCCCAUUGUCAGCAGCGGCAGGCACUGGGGGUGUCUGGGGAGUGAGGAGAGGAGAGGAAAGGAAGGCAUCCCUAGUCAGGUGUUUCUGAUAGGAGGGGAGGUGACCCUCACCCCCAUCUGUCCCCAUGGAGCAGCUGUGGCUCCCUCCAGGGGGCUCCCCUGAAGGGAGGGGCCGGGCAAAGUGGCACAAUCUAACCUUGUCUCCCUCGCCCUCUUCCCGACCCCACCCCAUCCAGUGGCGAUGGAUGAUGAGGAUGGGAGAUGCUUACUAGACGUGAUUUGUGACCCUCAGGCGCUCAACGACUUCUUGCAUGGAUCAGAGAAGCUGGACAGCGAUGACCUCCUGGAUGCCCCUGUGGAGGCCCAAAGUGCCUUCUACGAAGGUCCUGGGCUCCACGUGCAGGAAGCUCCGGGCAACCCCUUGAAUCCAGAGCCCACCCAGCCAACCCCCAGCGUGGACCUGGACUUCCUGGAAGAUGACAUCCUGGGGUCCCCCGCCCCAGGCGGCGGAGGCGGGGGCAGCGGGGGCGCCGACCAGCCCUGCGACAUCCUUCAGCAGAGUCUGCAGGAAGCCAACAUCACAGAGCAGACACUGGAGGCUGAGGCUGAGCUGGACCUGGGCCCCUUCCAGCUGCCCACGCUGCAGCCCGCUGAUGGUGGGGCAGGGCCCACAGGAACUGCAGGGACAGCCACUGUGGCCACGGGGCCCCAAGCCCUCUUCCCAGGCAGCGCUGAUUUGCUGGGGCUGCAAGCACCACCCACUGUGCUGGCCCACCAAGCCCUGGUACCGCCCCAGGACGUGGUCAACAAGGCCCUGAGCGUUCAGCCCUUUCUGCAGCCUGUGGGCCUGGGAAAUGUGACCCUGCAGCCCAUCCCGGGCCUCCAGGGCCUGCCCAAUGGCAGCCCGGGUGGCGCUACUGCGGCCACACUGGGCCUGGCGCCCAUCCAGGUGGUUGGCCAGCCUGUCAUGGCCCUCAACCCACCCGCUUCACAGCUCCUGGCCAAGCAGGUGCCCGUCAGCGGCUACCUGGCCUCGGCUGCGGGGCCCUCGGAGCCUGUGACUCUGGCCUCGGCUGGCAUGUCGCCACAGGGUACUGGCCUGGUCAUCCAGAAGAGCCUCCCAGCCGCCGUGGCCACCACGCUCAAUGGGAACUCGGUUUUUGCCGGGGCUGGCGCAGCCACUGCGGGGGCCGGAGGGGCGCCCUCGGGACAGCCGCUGGCCGUAGCCCCAGGCCUGGGCGCGUCGUCCCUGGUGCCUGCACCCAAUGUGAUCCUGCACCGCACGCCCACCCCCAUCCAGCCCAAGCCAGCCGGGGUGCUGCCCCCCAAGCUCUACCAGCUCACCCCGAAGCCCUUCGCCCCCACGGGCGCCACACUCACCAUCCAGGGUGAGGCGGGGCCGCUCCCGCCGCCACCCAAGGCCCCCCAGAACCUGACUUUCAUGGCGGCGGGCAAGGCCGGCCAGAAUGUGGUGCUGUCGGGCUUCUCGGCGCCCGCCCUGCCUGCUAAUGUCUUCAAGCCGCCCCCCGCCAGCACUGCCCCAGGCACCACCGCUGCCUCGGCCGGUGGGGCCCCGCCGCCGCCCCCCAGCGCCCUGAGCAAGCCCAUGAGCCUGCACCUGCUCAACCAGGGCGGCAUCGUCAUCCCUGCCCAGCAUGUGCUACCUGGCCAGAACCAGUUCCUGCUGCCCGGGGGGCCCCUGGGCGGGCAGAUCCUCGCCGCUGCCCCCCAUGCGGGCGCCCCGCUCCUUGCCAACCCCAUCCUGGCCAACCAGAACCUGGCAGCUCCGCUCAGCCUGGGCCCGGUGCUGGCCCCGCACUCGGGACCGCCCAGCGCAGCACACAUCCUGUCGGCCGCCCCCAUCCAGGUGGGCCAGCCUGCCCUCUUCCAGAUGCCUGUGUCGCUGGCCGCGGGCAGCCUGCCCACCCAGAGCCAGCCGGCCCCCGCGGGGACUCCCGCCGCCACCGUCCUCCAAGGCGUCGCACUGCCCCCCAGCGCCACCGUGGCCAUGCUCAACGCGCCUGAUGGCCUGGUCCAGCCGGCCACCCCCACCGCCGCUGCCUCUGGGGAGGCCCCCCAGGUCCUCGCCGCCUCUGUGCAGCCUGCCUCCGCCGGGCCUCCUGCCGUCAGCACCCCACUUCCCCCCGGUCUCCAGCCAUCACCUGCACAGCAGCCCGCACAGGCAGCCUCCACCCCUCAGGCCUCCGGACCGCCUCAGGCCACCACCCCCCAGCCCAGCCCGGGCCUGGCAUCCAGCCCCGAGAAGAUCGUCCUGGGGCAGCCGCCCUCUGUGGCCACCUCGGCCAUUGUCACUCAGGACUCCCUGCAGAUGUUUCUUCCCCAGGAGAGGAACCAGCAGCCCCUCUCCACAGAGGGUCCCCACCUCUCCGUGCCUGCCUCGGUCAUAGUCAGCGCCCCGCCUCCCGCCCAAGACUCAGCCCUGGCCACCCCCAUCGCCAAAGGAGCUGGUCCUGGCCCUCAGGCCCCCGACAGCCAGGCUUCCCCGGCUCCGGCCCCCCAGAUCCCAGCCGCAGCUCCGCCGAAGGGCCCAGGCCCUGCCUCUUCCCCCUCACUACCUCACCAGGCCCCCCUGGGAGACAGCCCCCACCUGCCCUCCCCACACCCUGCCCGCCCCCCCUCCCGGCCACCCUCCCGCCCCCACUCCCGCCCCCCCUCCCAGCCCCAGAGCUCGUCCCGGCCCCCCUCCGAGCCAGCCCUGCACCCCUGCCCCCCGCCCCAGGCGCCCCCUGCCCUGCCUGGCAUCUUCGUUAUCCAGAACCAGCUGGGCGCCCCCCUGCCCACCAGCACCCCGGCUCCCACCGUCCCUGGCCCCCCGCAGCCUCUGCGGCCCCCAUCCCAGCCUCCCGAGGGGCCGCCAGCUGCGCACCUGGCCCCAGCCUCCGCCUCCUCCGAGCCACCCACCAGGUUGCCAGCCCCCUCGCUACCCGACUUCCAGCUCCAGUUCCCCCCUGGCCAGGGGCCCCACAAGUCCCCGACGCCCCCACCGACCCUCCACCUGGUCUCCGAGCCCGCAGCGCUGCCCCCACCGCCUCCUCGGACCUCAAUGGUGGCCGCCCCCUUCCCGGCGCUGCCCCAACCCAAGGCUCUCCUGGAGAGAUUCCACCAGGUACCGUCUGGGAUCAUUCUCCAGAACAAGACUGGGGUAGUCCCCACCACCCCGCAGACCUCCACCAGCCUAGGGCCUCUGGCCAGCACCACUGCCUCUGUGCUGGUCAGUGGGCAGGCCCCACCCGGAACCCCCGCCGCUGCCAGCCACACCUCAGCCCCAGCACCCAUGGCCGCUGCAGGCCUCCCUCCUCUGCUUCCUGCCGAGAGCAAAGCUUUUGCCAGCAACCUCCCCAGCCUGGGUGUGGCCAAGGCCACUAUUUCUGGACCAGGGAAGACCUCUGUGCUGCAGUAUGAGAGCAAGUUGAGCAGCCUGAAGAAGCCGCCCCCCCUGCAACCCAGCAAGGAAGCCUGUUUCCUGGAGCAUUUGCACAAACAUCAGGGAUCCGUCCUGCAUCCCGACUACAAGACGGCCUUCCCGUCCUUCGAGGACGCCCUGCAUCGCCUCCUGCCCUACCACGUCUACCAGGGUGCCCUGCCCUCCCCCAAUGACUACCACAAAGUGGACGAGGAGUUUGAGACCGUCUCCACGCAGCUGCUGAAGCGCACGCAGGCCAUGCUGAAUAAAUACCGGCUCCUACUCCUGGAGGAGUCCCGGAGGGUGAGCCCCUCGGCGGAGAUGGUGAUGAUCGACCGCAUGUUCAUUCAGGAGGAGAAGACCACCCUAGCCUUGGAUAAGCAGCUGGCCAAGGAGAAGCCAGAUGAGUACGUGUCUUCCUCGCGGCCCCUGGGCCUCGCCGUCUCAGCGCCAUCUUCGUCCUUGUCGGCCUCCGAGGGUCACCGGCCCCCGCCUGCAGCCUCGGCCCCCGGCCCGGUGCAGCCCCCCGCGCACCCACCCACCAAGCUGGUGAUCCGGCACGGGGGCGCGGGCGGCUCCCCGUCCGUGACCUGGGCACGGGCCUCGGCGUCACUGGACGCGGAUGAGGACGGCCCCAUGCCCUCCCGCAACCGCCCGCCCAUCAAGACCUACGAGGCCCGCAGCCGCAUCGGCCUCAAGCUGAAGAUCAAGCAGGAGGCCGGGCUCAGCAAGGUGGUGCACAACACCGCCCUGGACCCUGUGCACCAGCCGCCGCCACCUCCGCCACCACCACCACCUGCCCCGGGCCGCACGCCCGAGCCGCCGCCCGCCGCGCAGGUCAACGGCACCGCCGACCACGCGCCGCCCGCGCCCCGCAAGCCGGCGGGGCCACCCGCGCCCUGCCCGCGCCUGCCGCUGCGCAAGACCUACCGCGAGAAUGUGGGCGGCCCCGCGCCCGCGCCCACCAAGGUGGACGAGGCCACGAGCGGCCUGAUCCGCGAGCUGGCGGCCGUGGAGGACGAGCUGUACCAGCGCGUGCUGAAGGGCGCGGAGCCCGGCGCGGGGCCGGGGCCUGGGGCCGCGCCGCCCGAGCCCGCCUGGGAGCCGCCGCCGCUGCCCCCCAGCAAGCGCCGCAAGUCCGAGUCCCCCGACGUGGACCAGGCCAGCUUCUCCAGCGACAGCCCGCAGGACGACGCGCUCACCGAGCACCUGCAGAGCGCCAUCGACAGCAUCCUCAACCUGCAGCAGGCGCCGGGCCGCGCCGCCUUCCCCGGCCCGCACCCGGGCCCCGCGCCCGCGCCCGCUUCCCCCGCGCCCUUCCCGCCUGCCAGCCACAACGGAGGCCUGGGCUCCAGGACGUUGAACAGAUAACACCGGCUCCUCCCCAGCCUCCCGGGGGGCGCAGCUGGGACACCCCAACCCCUCCUUGCCUAACUUAUUUGAGUCACAAAGGCCUCCGUCCAACUCCCGUGUCCGUGGCCGGUGGGGUCUGGAUGGGGCUGCAGUGUAAUGUAAACGCGAAGGGGCCACCGUGGUGCCCGAGGGUUCUUCCUGCCACAGCCAUUUCCUGUGGCCUGGGGACGUGCGUGGGGUGUGCGCGGCCCCGGGGUGCGCACAUCCGUCACAGGCGCCAGGAGUUGGGUAGGGCCUCAGACCCACCAGGCCUCUCCUGCCGUCCACCCUGGGCCACGAGACAAAAGGCGGAGUGGCCCCAUACGUGCGCGCACGCGCAUGAGAGCUCCCAUCCCUGCCUCCACCUCGCAGCCCGAGCCGCAGCAAGACGCGGGGUCCCCACCCCCGACCCCAGCCCGGGCUUCCCUCCUCUCCCCACGUCCCGCCGCCCCGCGCCACGUUUUGAAAUCUCGGAGACAAAACUAGUACUGUAAGAUAAAUUUUUUUGUACUGUAUUUAUUGUGUAUAACGAUUUUUUUAAAAGGAGAAUUCUGUACAUUUAGAACUCUUGUAAAUUAAAAGCCGAUCCUUUUUUUAAAACUGU